CUAACCGUCCAUUCUACACCCUGGCGAUGAGUCUAUCACAGUAGACAAAGGGACAAGCUUUCGUGCGCUUGGAACCGUUUGAUUGGUUCUGUUCUCAAUUCCGGUGCUUCCUCGAGCAUGGCAAAUAGGAAAGCAUUCUGAUAUUAGUUCCACCAGCCUUUUUGAGGGAAACCCUUAUUUUGCCCUUCCUGAACUUGUUGUUCUAUCUACCCGUGGGCUGGAACGGAGCACGCAAACCCACCUCGCGAAGUUAGUAGUUCCCUUAUUUUCCUUUUCUCUGAACUACUAUUCCCCUCUCACCCAAAUUAAACAAAUCCAGAAGAGUUGCUUUCCCUUACUUUUCCCCCUGUGACAUUUGAAACCUUUUCCCUUGUGACUGCUCCUUCCCCUUUUUUGCUCAGCUUAGUUUCUGAGAGGAGGAAUGGCCAUGGGUUUCUCUUUUGUCGCAUUUAAUUGGCCGCUUGCUGCUUCGUCUACCCUUUGUGCUCCGCGAGAUACAGUUGCUGCCGAGCGUCAUUUUCUUCCUUUCUUUGAGUUCCAUGAGGCGAGUGCUCACUGCUCGUGAAUCCCUGACAAUUCCUUGCUUUCUGCAUACUUGUUGCUGCAGCUCUCGUUUUAUUUGUUCAUAUUUGUGAUCUCGCUCGCCCUUUUGCUUUUGGUUCUGCGGUUUUGGUAAAAGACAAAGUUCCCUUUUUCUUUCUGGUGAGGUGAAGGGCCACUUGCCGUUUCCAGGUUGUGUAUCCAUACUGACAUACAUAUAUUCGUUGGCUGUAUCUUCUCAGCUCUAAAGCUUCAAAUUUGAAAUGGGCUUUUCUUGUUCCUCAGGGUUACUUCAUUGGCAAGCUAGUGUUUGUUUGUUUGUUCACUAAUUGAUUUUGGUCCCCUUGCUUUUGCAUUAUCUAAAUACUUCCUCACUUCUUUUGCAACAUGCCUUGGUUUGCUUGCUGUAGAUUCGAAUUAGCUUUUGUUUCGUUUUCAUUUUCUCUGUCUUCCAACAGAACUAGGAAAUAGCAUUUUGCUCUUUCUGAGAUGAUUUAGACACUCUUUUUUCUGUUAGUCUUGAAAGUAAAUGAUUCCAAUCGUUCCCUAAUUGACCCUGCAGGCUCUGAAGUUGAGAAAUAGCAAUGAGCUGUGUCUGGGUUGUGCCCAUCUUAUUAGUUCUGUGCAUCAGUACUCCACUUUCACAAGGCUCCACUUCUGCAACCACUGGCACCAUCAAGGUCGGAGCGAUUUUCACAUUCAGUACAGUCAAUGGAAAAGUAUCGAAGAUUGCUAUGGAGGCUGCUGAGGAAGACAUCAAUGCCGACCCGGCCAUUCUUGGUGGGUGGAAGCUGUCUCUAGUAAUGCACGAUUCCAACUUCAGUGGAUUCAUCGGCUUUGUUGGGGCUUUACGCUUCAUGGAGACUGAUACUGUGGCAAUCAUCGGUCCACAAUCUUCUAUAAUGGCCCGUGUCCUUUCACAACUCACAACUGAACUUCAGACACCACUCUUGUCAUUUACAGCUUUAGAUCCCACCAUGUCUCCCUUGCAGUACCCUUAUUUUAUCCAGACAGCUCCAAACGAUCUUUACCUGGUCACUGCUAUAUCAGACAUAGUUUCGUAUUAUCGUUGGCCAGAGGUAGUAGCCAUAUACACAGAUGAGGAUCAGGCUCGGAAUGGGAUGAACAUACUCGAUAAUUUGCUUCUGGACAGACACAGCAAGCUCUCCUACAAAGCAGCACUCCCAACAGAAGCAACUAGAAGCGAUGUGCAUGAAGCCCUAGUUAAGGUUUCCAGCAUGGAAGCUUGCGUGGUUGUUGUGCAUACUUAUACUAAAAUUGGCUUGUUGGUUUUUGAAGUGGCGCAGAGCCUUGGAAUGAUGAGGGAAGGAUAUGUUUGGAUAGCUACUACUUGGCUUUCCACUGUAUUGGACUCGGGUUCACUUGAUGUACCGAAUCCCGCCUCUUUUCAAGGAGCUCUCACUCUUCGACAGCACACUCCUGAUUCCCAAUUGAAAAGGGAAUUUGUCCAACGAUGGAAGAACCAACUCAGCAAUGGCUCGGUUGGGCUGAACCCAUGUGGGCUUUACGCAUAUGAUACUGUCUGGACAAUUGCUCGUGCUGUGAAGCAGUUUCUUGAUCAAGGCAACAACAUUUCGUUCUCCGAUGACACAAAACUGAAUGAAAUCAGCAGGGGGACUUUGAAUCUCAGAGCUUUGAGCAAAUUUGAAGGAGGGUGGAAACUUCUUAACAACAUAUUACAGACAGAUGUGAAUGGUCUGACUGGACCGAUUCGGUUUCACCCAGACCGGUCAGUUUUGAACCCUUCCUAUGAUGUUCUUAAUGCUGUCAAAGGUGGUGGUCACCAGCUGAUUGGGUACUGGUCCAAUUAUUCUGCUCUGUCUGUUGUUCCUCCAGAGGAAUUAUAUGGAGAAAAUCCACCAAACCGUUCUGCUUCAAACCAGCAUCUGAACUCCAAUGUGGUGUGGCCAGGUGGAGCCGAAGCUGUGCCACGUGGUUGGGUGUUCCCCCAUAAUGGAAUACCAUUGAAGAUUGGAGUUCCUAACAGAGCUAGCUAUCGAGAUAUUGUGAGGGCAGUUAAUAGCAGUAGUGCGGUUGCAGGAUAUUGCAUUGAUGUUUUCUUAGCUGCCAGGCGAUUGCUUCCUUAUCGGCUUCCCUAUGAGUUCAUUCCUUUUGGUGAUGGCCACAAGAACCCCAGCUAUUCUGAACUUGUGAAUAAGAUCACCACAGGGGUAUUCGAUGCUGUUGUUGGUGACAUUACGAUCGUGACAGACAGAACAAAGGCUGUGGAUUUCACUCAGCCGUUCAUAGAGUCGGGGUUGGUUGUAGUUGUUCCUAUGAGGAAGAUGAACUCAAGUGCAUGGGCGUUUUUGCAGCCAUUCACUCCUUCGAUGUGGGGGAUGAUAGGGUUAUUCUUCGUCAUUGUUGGAGCCGUCAUUUGGCUCCUUGAGCAUAGGACCAAUGACGAGUUUAGAGGGCCACCUAGACAGCAGUUGGUAACGGUUCUUUGGUUUAGCUUGUCCACUAUGUUUAUGGCCCAUAGAGAAAACGUAGGGAGCACCAUGGGCAGAUUCGUGCUGAUAAUAUGGUUGUUUGUAAUCCUAAUAAUAAACUCGAGCUACACAGCCAGCCUGACUUCCAUUCUCACAGUUCAACAGCUAUCCUCACCCAUCACUGGAAUCGAAUCCCUGGUAUCUGGGAACCAGGCAAUAGGUUACCAAGUUGGGUCAUUCGCAGAAAACUACUUGAUGUAUGAACUCAACAUUCAGAAGAACAGGCUCUUCCCACUGGGUUCCCCCCAGGAAUAUGCACUCGCGCUCUCGAAUGGCACCGUUGCAGCUGUAGUCGACGAGAAACCUUACGUCGACCUGUUCCUUGCGGAUCACUGCAAGUUCUCCAUCCGUGGCGAUGAAUUCACCAAAAGCGGCUGGGGUUUCGCGUUUAGGAGGGAUUCGCCGGUGGCAGUGGACAUGUCGACGGCUAUCUUGGGACUUUCAGAGAACGGGGAGCUGGAGAGAAUACAAAGCAAGUGGCUGUCGAGAAAGCUGCAUUGCAAGGGCGAUCAAGGCGGGUCAUCAGAUGUGGUUGGAUCGGAUCAGCUGCAGCUGGAAAGCUUCGCGGGGCUGUUUCUGUUGUGUGGAAUUGCUUGCUUUAUGGCCCUGGCAAUCUAUUUUUGCUACACUCUCUACCACUUCAAGAAACACUGCCCCGGUGGCAGUGCUUGCAUUGGCGAUGGUGAUGGUGGUGCUGGCCCGUGUUCAUCAUCAUCAACUGGACCUGUGCCCGGGCGGCAGGGGUGGAAGAGGAAGGGGAAAUCUGGGUCUGGGAUUAGAAGGGUGCAGAGGUUCAUGUCCUAUGCGGAUGACAAGGCGGAUGUCUGGAGAUUGAAGCCGAAGAGGAAGCGUGCAGCUGAGGGUGAUGAUGUCGAUGAUACAUGGAAGCCCCAGACGACACAUUCGUACGAUGAUGAAUUUCGCGGGAGUGGGAGCAAUGGGAUGGAUUCUGAGCGUCAGAAGGAACAGCAGGAUAGACAUGUUCGCUUCGUUGAUAACAAGUUUUCUAGGUAGCCACGGCUGCUGCUGGCUGGCUGCAGCGUCUCCCCAUUUGCAUCUCUGCUGCUAGCUGGCUCUGCACAUGCUGGUAUCCACACCUCCCACAAAAUUUCUUUUGUUCUACUACCCAAUGCCACAUUCCACAAUUUUUACCAGCUGCAACCCAAUGGUUUGUUUAAUUAUUAAAGGAAAGAGAUCUAUAGAAACAAAUUAUAUAAAGGAAAUCAUGCAACCCAGUUGAUUCAUUUUUGCAUAUAACAAAGAGAGAACGGUCAAUGCGCCAAGUCAGCACAACCCAAUUUGAUUUUUUCCACCUAUUAUCAUUUUUCUUUUUUAUUUUGAACAAAAUAAGUAUAAAAAAAAGGAACACCUAUUUUUAUUUUGAAGAAGAUAAAUGGUAAUAGGUUGAAAAAAUAAAUAAAAAAAUUAAGUGGUAUGUGCUGACUUGGCAGUGAUGUGACGCGCUGACUGUUAGUCAACGAGUUUGACUGUCUAAUAUAACGGUCAAAUAUCGAAUUUGUCCAAUUUGGUAACUUUGAUGCAGAGUUGAGGUCACGAUAUUAUAAAUCGAAAGGAUUGAC